AUGCGCUGGAAAAAUAUUUCUAUAUUUAAACCAAAAAAAGAUGAAUGCGAGUUGUGCACUGCUUAUAAAUCUGGAAACUUACGACAGAGUGAUUAUGAUCAACAUGUUGCAAAAAAAGAUGAGGCGAGAGAUGAAAAGGUCAAGGAUAAAGAGACUGAGAAGCAUGUAUUUGCAAUGGACCUUCAAGCGGUUUUACUUUGUCCCAAGUCUAAUGUAUCCAGUCUUUACUACAAAAUGAAAUUGAGGACAAUUGUACAAUUUAAACCAAAGAGACUUACUGUUUGCUAUGAAAUGAGACAUAAGGUGGUGUGA